GUAGUGUGAUGUUUAUGACGCCACUUGCAAAAACAAGACGCACAGGCGAGUGUUGAACAGGUAGCUCGGUUUAAUGGGUAUUUAAUAUUAAUUUGCUUAGCUUAGCGGUCGAUACAGCCGAAACGAAAAACUCACGUUGAAAUACUUUGACACGUUAGACUGAAAUAUGUUUUGGAGUAUUCGUUGUACAAUUUGUUUACGGCUUAAUGCGGUCAACGACAGUUAGCUUCCAAAUGCUACCGUUAAGCUAAAGAGACACAUUAGCUGGCUAACUGUCAGUUACAGUGUAUGUUAAUGUCAGUAAACAUAAUCUUAAUUCACACUUUUUAAUUUAAUGAAUAUCUCCUUGUCACUCAUUACCUGGGAUACUGACAACAACAAGUGGAUAUAUUGUUGAAUAACUGCGAUAAUGGCGUACAACUUACUACAACAUGUAGCAGAACAUUGAAGUAAUACAUUUUAAAUCGGAGAUCGCGUAUUUCAUAUUUGUUUUCCGACUCAAACACACGGAGCUCUAGCGUAUUAACAGUUACAGGACACCACAGCGUUUAUCAUGUCGGACCUGGACACAGUCAUAGUAACGUUUCAGACCCAGCUCUCAGAUGUGAUGGAGGCUGUGGUGAAAACAGCAAUGUUUGAGGUCACCAGGCUGGUUGAGGACGUGGUCUUGGUGGAGGUGAAGCGCAGGAACCAGGAGGUGGAGUCUCUGAGGAUGCAGCUGAAAUGGACUAAGAGUAAAUUCAGUGACCAAGGGAGUAAAGAAGGAGGAAAGACUGGAAAAUGCGUCGACUGUGCAAGAGAUGAUGUGGAACUGUCCGCUGACACUGUUGAGGAAAGGCCUGUAGAGCAACAGGGUGACAUGUUGAAAAGCUGUGGUGUGAAAAAAGAGGGUGAUUCUGUUGAAAGGUGGAUAACAAGCAGCAGACAAGAAGUCAUAUCAGAGUCACCACAGGAGGCAAGCAAUCCUUCGAACACACAGAGCCCUGAAAGGCAAUCACAGGCAAUUGAAGAAGAAGAUGCGAUGCCAACUCUUGAUAUGAAGGAGGAAGAAGUUAAUAAUCCAUCUUGCUCUUCUAUGAUUUUUGGAGGAUGGAGUGGUACACUUGAUGAUGAAGAAGUACCGAAAUCCGACAGUCCUGCUGAGAUGGUUGAGGCACAGCCAAAAGAGACUCAAAAAAACGAGGAAUUACUGAGGACUGUCAUUAAGCAAGACCCACAGAUAUCAUAUGGAUUUUGUGAAGACCAGCAGAAAUCACACAUUCCUACAGAUCAACCACAUGUUUUGUCUUUGGAAAUGGACACCAGUUGGACUGGCCUGACUGUCAAACCAGCUGGAUUGCUGCAAAAUCACAGAGUUGGAGCUGAAAAGGAACGUGAUUCAGUCAAAACUAAAGGUUCUCUGAAGCGUACAGAGCAUGAGCUGUCCGACUCUGUCAGAGCAGAUGUUCAGGUUACCCCAGGCAGAGAUCAGAUUUCAACCUCAGGAUCCCCUAAGGCAAGACUGCAGCACAGUGCUACUUUGGGAGUGACUAUCAAGGAGGAAGUUAUCAUUGAUUCUGAUGGGUGUGAGGAAAGUGAGCACGUAGGAAAGAAAGUGACAAAGUCUGGGAUGGCAUCUCUCUCCUGUUCAGUAAAACAACACAGGGUGAGUUCACAACCACACAAACCAAACCACAUUUACCACAAAGCCACUGUGCAGGAGGUUAUGAAGCUGCAUUCCAAAGUGAGUACAGGGGUCAGAUUGCAAGCCGCUAUACAACACCUCCACCGACCGAUGAAGAAGCCCUCACACACACUUUUGAAUAGUACCAAUGCUGCACUGUCUGUAGCUCACUCUCAGGUUGUAAACUUAAAUAACCUCAACAGAAUUCCUUCCACAUCCAAAGCCGCUCCUCCUCCUGCAUCCUCAGUCCAGCGAGUUCACCUGGGUGACAAACAAACUUCAGCACUUAACCGACCUGGCGCUCCGUGGGUCAGCAUCAAAUCGCAGCAUCAGUCAGCAAACUCUCACCACGCCAACCCUACCCCCCAUCCAGACUCUCACCCUCAUGUGGGCCCCAGGCACCUUCUGCGCUGUGGUCAAUGUGGGAAGUGCUUCCCCCACCCCAGCAACCUGAAAGCCCAUCUGCAGACUCACACAGGUGAGCGGCCUUUCUGCUGUUCGCUCUGUGGUCGCAGCUUCACGAAGCUGAGCAAUCUCAAGGCCCACCGACGCGUCCACACUGGAGAGAGACCGUACUGCUGCUUGGCCUGUGGCAAACGCUUCACCCAGAAAUGUAACCUGAAACGCCACCAGAGGAUCCAUCUGGAUGUAUGAUGAUGGACAGCCAGUGAUCAAAAGAUACGUUUGGUGUGUGUUUCUUUUAGGCUUCAUCCACACUAAUAUAUUUGAAUUUUAAAAUGCAUAACUUUUCGACAUUUACCUAGUAUCCAUGCUACUCUGGUGUUUUAGAACCCAUAAACCUGAGUGUUUUAGUUUGAAAACUCCGGGAUUCAUUGUAGCCUUGAACAGAGACAAAUGGACUCUUUGAAAUGAUGACACAGACACAUGGUUUGUUCUUCUGACUGGUCUAAACUGUCAGUAUGUGUUGUUCACCGCUUUAUAUUGCGUGACAGUUUUCCAGAAGUAAAGCUAUCAGUAUACCAGCGGUUUAUUCAACUUGUAUAACAAAUUACCAGCGUUACUUACUUCAUUGUCUACGCUAGCAGCUGUUGUGCAGUUCAUGAAAUAUUUGUUUUUUGACAUUGUUGUUCUUCCUCUAUAGUAUUUUCUACAACUGAACAACUUCACGUUUACACUGACACCUGCAUGCCUAGUAUAUGUGAAUCGUCAUGUGAUAUGUGUAUUCAGGAGUGUUAAUUUGACCAACACUCUUCCGGGCAAAGAUUGUUUUUUUGUGUUGAAACACUGGUUUUAAAAUGAAAGCAUAUUAGUGUGGAUGUAGCCUUCAAUUACAAUGCUACAGAGUUUACAUUGCAGUGCCGUACAAAUUGUAUGACGCAUCACAAGACUGCGUCCGUGUACUUGUCUGUUAAAGUGUCAUCUCAAAUUCUUCUGUGCAUUCCAGAAAGGUUCAUCUAGUAACUUUUAGUUGCUCUAGUGUUAUUAACAGAUGAAAGGCAGUGUGUUGUUAAAUGUAACCGCAAAGAUAGUUUCAACUUGUAGUCAAUAAAUGACUGUGAAUACUC